AGUAUAGGAUGAUUGUAAAACCUUAGAAACAUUGAUUUUAUUAUUUUAUUUAGCGUCUUCGUCUGCUUAAUUUGGGUCCAACUUGAAAACUGCCCAAAAGACUGCUCAUACCUGGACAGAAGUAUUCUAUACUAAUAACACAUUCUAUGAAGUACAGUUUGUGAUUUGUGAAACCUUUAUUCAAUUACUGAAAACUCCAAAAAUGUGAUAGUAAGCGUUUUUGGCUUCCUACUCACCAUAGAUAGGGGUCCAACUUAAAAACUUACCUACAUAGGCUGUUCAAUCCUGGACAAAGUUAUUCUACACCAGUGAGAGAUUGUAUAAAAACAGUUUGUGACACUUUAUUUAAAUUAUCAAAAUUAAUAUAGGUGGCUUCCAAAUCUUUUUGUUCUCAUCCCUUUGGAUGGGGUCCACCGCUCAGAAAGGCCAAACCUAGAUGGAAUUAUUCUAAAGGAAUAGGCAUGGGCAUGACAUUGUCGCAGUGUGAUAAAGUUGAGUAAAAAUAUAGCGGUUUCACUAUAUUUACACAAAAAAAGUUUCAAAAAGUAUAGCAUGAUCCAAUUGCUUUUAUUUAAAAUCAUCAUCCCAACUGCUUCUAAAAUAAUAAAAUUGUUAUUUAUUCCAGUUAAAUCAAUGUUGUCUGUGAGAAACAUUAUGGUUUGUUUUUGUUUUGGUACAUAGUGUUUUCUGAUUGAGAUUUGGUCUAAUUUAGAAUAGACAUAAAUAAUUUCAAAUUUUAGCUAAAUGUAUUGUUUAAGUGCCUACUGUGAAGAAUCUGUUCAUUCUGUCCAUCAAUGGUUGCACAAAAAUAAAUUGAUAUUCACUGGUUAAUUGUUCAAAUCCGUCUGCUCAGGUAGACAUGCAAUCUAUAACAGUGUUACUUUGGUCAUUCUAUUUGGUGGCUCUCCAGUUUCACACCAUGACUGUCUGCUCUUUGUUCUGACCAGAAAUUUUUCCAGCCAAUUUCUUCCUUUCUUCUAUGCAAGGGACAAAUGUCGUAGAGUUCUUUUGACCGGCUGACCAUCAGUGUGCAGCAACCAGAAAACUCUGCUCACUCCGGCACUUUCUUUUGUAUGUUAUUAAAAGUAGUAGCAGUUACUAAACUGUAACUUUUCAAAACCUUGCUGUACCUUGAUAAAAGUGUUUAAUCCUAUGUUGCAUAUUUUUUAUUAGGUAUUCAGAAUACAAUAUCUUGAUUGGACAAAAUAUGUUAAAAUACGUAUGAAUUAUGUAAUAAAAUACAUUUUAAGGCAAGUAUCCAGUAUUCUGUAACUAUCCUAUCCAAGUGUUCUCACCUGAUUUUAUUUUACAUAGCAAUUUUUCAGCCAUCUUUGUUGGUAUAUACAUUUUUAUUGUUAUUUGUUGUUUUUGAAAGUAAACUUUUGCAUUAAUAAAACAAUUGUCAUUUGUUGUAUUUUAAUAUGACUAACACAAUAUAAAAAACAUUUGGGCCUAAGAUGACAGUUCACAUCUGGCCUACAUCCCUCAAUGGAUGAUGGGCCCCCUCUGGCUCAGGGCUGGUUUGCCAGAGGUUACCUGAUAUCUGUGCCAGCCCUGGGCCAGUGGGGGUCCGUAAUUCAUUGAGGGAUGUAGGCCAGAUGUGAGUGCUGGAUGUGGGCCACAUGUGGCCAAGACCAGCUUUGCUAUGUGGGAGUAACCUGCCCAUUACUACUGCAGAAUAAUUCUUGCCAGGUUUGGCCCGACUAUGUAUAAAAAUUAAAACAAGUCUUAAAAUCGUCUUUUUUUCUGCUUUCUCAAAUUGAAUAGAAGCGUCACAGAUGACAAGGAAAAUAAUCCAGGUCAUGUUUGAUCAUUCUAACUAUUUUAGAUUUUAAACUAGAGUGGUUUAAAUGUACCCUACACUCAUUAAAUGUAGAGGAAUAGCACUGUAAUAAAGUUUCGAAUCAGAUGCUAACUUCAAUGUCGUUAUGAGCUCCGCAGCGGGUGCCAUGACAACCGCGUUUUUCAAUUUGUAAAAAUCCGGUUUGGCAAUAAAGAUACAAACAAGAUAAGAUUAGAAAGACAUUUAAUCAGCAAUGGCUGCUUGGUUUUGACAGGAAAAAGAGAUCCCCUAGUUAAUAUUUUAUAAAGUUUGGUGCCCAAUUCUUCUUAAAUGUAUACCUCCUUUUUCCAAUGGAUAAGGGUGAUUGUGAUAUAGCGAGCUGCAGCACUAACACCUCAAGGUGGUCCAGUCCCUGCUGUGAUUCUGAUGGCCCUGAGCAUCCAUCUAACUGUGAGGAGAGAGCUGACAGGACUCCAGGUGACCAGCAAUCACCCACACUGCAAGGAUCAAAGCAAUCUGAAUACAGUACCAAAGGGGCCCAGAAGCAGAAGAUGAAGCAUGAAAUCCAAAAGCUGCCUCCAAUCAGCCCCCUGCAAGGUUCAAAGCCAAGAAACCAGUCUGCCAACAUGAACUGCAUCUGGAUGUUGAAGAGCCAGGUUUGGGAUCUGCAGCAACAGCUGAGUGAAGCCAGGACUGAGAACAAACUGCUGAAGAAAGUCCAGCAUCGCCACAUGGUGGUGCAGCAGAACUUCAGAGACCCAGAGGACAGCAUCUCCCAGAUUUUAGCCAAGCACAAGAAUGAAACCAAAGCUCUUCAGGGUAUGCUCCGUGAAAUCCGCAUGUGCCGUGACAACCUGGCCAGACAGCUGCAGGCCACAGAAAGAAAGCUGCUCAGCACCAAGUAUGCUCUGCAACACCUGCAGCAGCUCAACCUAGACCACAGUCUGCUGGAGAGAGAGGAGCUAACCCUGAGGCUGGCCAAGGCCACUUCACAGCUGGAUGACAAGGACAGGAGAAUACAGAACAUGGAGAGAACCCUCGAGUUGCACCAGGAAUCAUUCAAACGACAAAUGGACACGGAACAAAGAAAGAUCAGAGAGGCAAGAAAAGCAUCCAGCUGCCUGCAAGAGUACGUCCAUCAGCUAACCAGGGAACUGCAGCUCAGAGAAAAACAAGUGCAGAAACAUAACAUUUAUUACCACUGGAUUGUUAAAGGACCUAGCAAAAAAGGUAGAGAGAAUAAGAUGGUGCAAACAGAUGGGUUGGUCCUAUUACCACAUGGUUUUUUGAAUGGAGAUGUGUUGGCACAAAUAGAGGGCCUGGUAAACCAAGAGGAGUCUGUCAAUUGAGUAAAUAUCAAGUUUCAUACCUGCUCAGGUAUGUUACACUCAGAUCUAAUUUGUUGAAUUAUGCUAAAUGCUAUGAAGGCAAUUGGAUAUUUUAGGUAUAGACCGUGUCUAUGUAAAGUGUCCUUGAUCGUCCCAGCCCUGUUGACUGUCUUGUCAUUUCAGCAUUAUAACAAUCAAGUGCAUCAAUCUUUGCUUAUUGAAAACCCAGAGAGAAACAUUUCUGACAACACUACAUUAGAGGACGACCACCCAGACAAGUCAAAUAGAGGUAAACAUGGUGCAGGUUGUAAACAAGGUAGUAAAGAGAGAAAAAACAGAAAAUAUUUUUUUUUUAAUUGAAUGUGUCAUCUCAGGAAACGUGUUUUUCUAAGAAAAUACAAGUGAGAAAAGUUAUUUGGAAGAAAGCCCAGAACAGAGCCAGAACACCAAGCUGAGAGCAACUGGGUCAAAGAAACCGAGGCUUUAGAAGCUUUACAGCUGUUAGAAGACAGACACAGAAGAUGGAAAUGACCUGCGAUUUGGAAACAACCCUGAAUGCAACAAUGUCGCAGAAGAGUUAAUGCACACUUCUAAACAAAACAGAAUGAGCUACAUGUCUAAGCAGUCAGUUCAGAACUUGCACAGCGAACCUUUCGGCUAACCACCUAUAACACCUUGCUGCCAUUUUUGUGAAUAAACCUGUAAACAAAAUUCCAUUGUGGUAAUGAAAGCAUUGUUUUUUUGUUGUAAUAAAUUCCAUAAAUAU